UGUUGGCUUCGUGUCCACUUUGCACAUUCGCUCGUUUGUUGCCUCAUUCGCUCGUUUGUGGUUUGUACACCUUUUGGGCACCAACCACACCACUCCACUCCAACACACUCCACAUCACAGCACACAAAAUAAUAGUCGAGUUCGAGACGAUAUUUUUUGUUUUAGCCAAGAAAACAUUCACAAGAAUUUUUUAAAAUAAAUUCAACAAUAAAAUAAAUAUUUGUGUAUGAAAUACACAAAGUGUUGCUGUGGCACUAUGUGAAUUGGCACAAGUGAAUUUUCUGCAAAUAGCCACGAAUUAAUAUUUAAGCAGCACAAACGAAAAUAAAAUACUUGUGUUGAUUUGUGCAUAAAUUAAAUUUACUGCUGUGUGUGCAAAAUAUUUGAAUUGUGUUUGAAAAGUGUGUGAAACAAUUCGGAGAUUGUGAUUUUCGUUUGAAAAGAAGAAAAAAGAAAUAUUUAUAAUUAAAUAAAGCCAUCGAUUUGUUAGCUAUUGCAGAAGGCGCGCGUGGCUGCCACACAUUCGAAAGAAAAAUAUAAAAUAUAUAUACAGAGUAAUGUAUUCGUGUACAAUGCGCUGCUCGUUAUUGCCAUCGUUGUUGUUGUUACUAUUGUGUGGCAGUGCAAAUUCGCCAGCAACAGAAUGCCAACAGUGUUUUGUGUAAAAGACGCGCGGCGCGCGCUUCUCGUCUCUUCCAAUUCUGUCAUUGUGGUGGUGUUGGUGCAGUGAUUGCAAUUUCGAUGCAGCAAAGUAUUUAACAACAAAAAAAUCAAAUUAAAAAAAUAUAAAUAAUAAGAUUUUGCAGACCAAACUGAAAGCAAAGUAAAGUUUUGCAUUGAAUGCAAACAAGUGUUGAAAGCAUGCCAAAAGUGUACAGUACUAAAAGUGACCGAAAUAAAUCCAGCCAGCCACUUCGAAUUGUUACAGGCGAAAGAAAAUUAAAAUAUCAAUUUAGCCGGAAACAAAGUGAAAUAAAAUGAGAUCAAUGAAUUUAAGUGCCAAUACAAAUAAAUAAAAAUUCAGCUAGUAAAUGUUAAAAAUCUACAAGCGCACUCACACAUACAUACAUACAAGGUUGUAUGCAUGUAAGUACAUUCACAGCCGCAAUAAAAUCAAAUUGAAAGCCGAAGUGCAUACAGAAAGAAAUAUGAUUUCCUUAUUAUUUUGAUAUGAGUCAAUAUAAUCCAGAGACAGCUACAUAAACCAACAACUUGACAAGCAACAGCGACAGCAACAGUGAAGGCAGCAACAAUAAUAACAGCAACAGUAACAGCGCCAUCGUUCAGUCGGGCAAUCGAGUAACCGAUAUCGAUGAAAUAGCCACCGUAGUGCCAAAUAGACGCGACCAUAUGAAAUUUUUGGUAGCUGUGUCGCCAGCUGCUGACCAACGACAACAACAACACUAACGGCAACUGCAAAUACGACGACAGCAAUAAAUUCGAUGUCCACCACAUGAAUGUAUCCAACACCAACAACAAUUGCAGCGAGUGAAUUUCAAUCAAAGGCGCACUAUUCUUGUCUAUUUUCAACAUUUGUUGCAAACAACAUAUCUCGCCAGCCGGUCUGAUUGCCGCAAUUGCCCAUUAUAGCUGCCGCUAAUGUGCCCAGAAUAAAUCAAAACACUACAAGUGCCAUACACAAACAAAGAAACGCCGUUACGACGUAACAAAACGUAACGUAAAUCAACGCAACGAAUUCCGUCCAAUCAUACUGAGAUUCUUAGUGCCUUUUUACAAAACUAAAAAAAAGUUUUAAACAACAAGCAACAUGAUAUAAUAUUAAGAGUAUAAAAUUAAGGACAUUACCAUAGUUAAGAACAGAGCUUCCAAAAGUUAAACUGAAAAAGAAUAGCAGUAAGUUAAAGUAGCGCGUAAAUAAUAAGAACAAAUCAUAUUUCUUUAGAAAGCCAUAGAACAAAUCAAUUGGAGCAGCUUACACAAUUCUGACAUAAACUUAAGCUAAGCUUGUCAGAUUGGAAUUGUCCUAAGCUCUUAAUGAACGCUUCAUAAAGCACACGAAAGCCGCUAACACCGAUUGGAAAGCUCUUAAUAGCAAACGAAAGCAUUCGUAAAGUUCAAUCAUUUAAAUCAUAAAGCGAUAAUAUAUAGCUUCACUCGCUCAACAAUAUUGUCCUUAGGCGUGCCUCGAACUGGAGCUUAAGUAUAAGAAGCAUAAGAUGUCCGCAUCGCCCGCCACAACUAGUGUCAUCACUUCAAACGAACUUGCCAUACAACAGCAGCAACAGCAGCACCACCACCAACAGCAACAACAACAACAUCAACACCAACAGCAACUUCAAGCGCACACCUCUCCGACGCGUGUCUCACUCCCGCCUGGUGUUACUGUCACCAACGUUGUAACCACAACCUCUACAGGUGCAGCUGCUGCCGUCGGCGCCAACGGUUUGUCCCUCAUGCAUCGCUCACCUGACAGUCCACAGCCUGAGUUGGCCACUAUGACGAAUGUAAAUGUACUCGAUCUGCACACAGACUCCUCGAAGCUCUACGACAAGGACGCUGUUUUCAUCUAUGAAAGUCCGAAGGUGGUGCUGCCUACAGUGGGCUCGGGUGCGACGGUAACCAGUGAUGAGCAAGUGAUUGAUGCGCGCAUGGUCGCCCAAUUGAACGAACAACAAGCAGCUGUUGCUGCGGCUGCUGCCACCGACAAUCAGCCAUUGGCUAAGAUCGAAUUCGAUGAGAAUCAGAUAAUACGCGUAGUUGGGCCGAAUGGCGAGCAACAACAGAUAAUUUCACGUGAGAUAAUCAAUGGUGAACAUCACAUUCUGUCGCGUAACGAGGCUGGCGAACACAUACUCACACGCAUUGUUAGCGAUCCGACAAAGUUGAUGCCAAGCGAUAAUGCCGUCGCUGCAGCGAUGUUCAACCAGGCCCAAAAGAUGGCCAAUGACCAUGCAGUCUAUCAAACUUCGCCAUUGGAUGCUUCAAUGUUGCAGCAUUAUGAGCCGGACAAUGUUGUCAAGGCGGAAGUGGAUAUAUACGAUGAUCCGAAGAAACCGCCGGGUGGUGGCGGUGGUGGCCAACAAAUACUCUAUACUACAACUGGACCGGAUGCUGGAAAACAGCUUUCUCAUUUACCGGUAACGGCGAAAUUGGAAUCGGAUAUGUAUCCGACAGACAAGCAUAUUGAUUUGAUUUAUAACGACGGCAAUAAGACCGUCAUAUACACGACCACAACCGAUCAAAAAGGACUUGAGAUCUACUCGGGCAGCGAUUUGAGCGGCCUCGUUGCCGAUGGGCAGGUAGUGGUCCAGGGUGGACUGCAAUAUGCCGGCGCCGGUGCUGGAGGUGGACAGCCUGUUUACAUUGUGUCCGAUGGUGGCUUGCCGCCGGGCGUCGAAGGACAUUUGCAAAGGUGAGUCAAAUUUGAAUAUUUACAAUAAAUUUUUGUUUUCUCCGAAGUGCAGGGAGGUUAAUUCUGUUACUAAAAUUACUGUAACAAAU